AUGCAGAUGCUGUCACUUGGACCGGAUGUCAAUCCCGAGCAGAAAUUACACGCACCCCGGAUUCAUCCGUUCACACUGAAACAUUACGGUCCUGUAAAAGCUGUUUGGGAUUGGCUGGUCCUAGUCCUGGUCAUCUAUACGGCCAUAUUCACUCCGUUCACAGCGGCAUUUUUGCUCCAGGAGGAUGGUUGGGGUCGGUACAGCGGUUUGACGACCUAUUACAAUCCAUUGCAAAUCAUCGAUCUGUUUGUGGACGUCAUGUUCAUCAUUGAUAUUCUCAUCAAUUUUCGCACGACCUAUGUGAAUAAGAACGAUGAACUGGUUUCCCAUCCUGGUCGGAUUGCCGUUCACUACUUCAAGGGUUGGCUGCUGAUCGAUGUGGUCGCAGCGAUCCCGUUCGAUUUGUUACUGUUCGGUGCCGAAACGGACGAGAUGGCCACGCUAAUUGGGCUGUUGAAAACAGCCCGACUGCUUCGCCUCGUCCGUGUUGUGCGUAAAUUGGAUCGGUAUUCCGAAUACGGCGCGGCCGUGCUCCUCUUGCUCAUGGCCACAUUCGUACUGAUCGCUCAUUGGCUUGCGUGCAUCUGGUACGCCGUGGGCAAUAUUGAACGACAACAAUUUGACGUACGAAUCGGAUGGCUGGAUCAGUUGGCUGGUCAACUACAAAUACCCUAUGGGAAUCGGUCGGAUAGUGGUCCGUGCACCAAGUCCAAAUACAUUACCGCCCUCUAUUUCACCUUUUCCAGUCUGACCUCGGUCGGAUUCGGGAAUGUGAGCCCGAACACGAAUCCGGAAAAGAUAUUCUCUAUUUGUGUCAUGCUUGUUGGCUCUCUCAUGUAUGCUGGUAUCUUCGGUCACGUGAGCGCCAUCAUUCAACGACUGUAUAGUGGCACAGCACGUUAUCACACACAGAUGCUUCGUGUGAAAGAAUUUAUACGAUUUCAUCAAAUCCCCAAUCCGUUGAAACGGCGUUUGGAAGAGUUUUUCCAGCACGCCUGGUCGUACACAAACGGGAUCGAUAUGAAUUUGGCGGAUAUUUGUUUGCAUCUCAAUCGGAAUUUGUUAAACACUUGUCCGCCAUUCAAAGGUACCCAAGGUUGUCUUCGAUCACUCGCUCUCAAAUUGAAAACGACACACGUGCCACCCGGGGACACACUGGUGCACAAAGGUGACGUGCUCUGUUUCGUCUGCUUCAUUGCUCGGGGCAGUAUUGAGAUACUUAUGGGCAGCGAUAUUGUGGCCGUGUUGUGUCAGGGUGAUGUGUUCGGAGAGAGUCCGUUCGGGCGAUAUUUGAUGGGUCAGUCCAAGUACUAUGUGCGUGCUCUGACUUAUUGUGAUUUGCACAAAAUUCAACAGGAUGAUCUCAUGGAAAUACUCGAAAUGUAUCCGGAAUUUGCCAAACAAUUUCGGCGCGAAUUAGAAAUCACAUUUGAUUUGCGCAGCGUAAGUUCCCACUGUUCGCUAUCCGUGUUGUGUAUCUGCUUUUGCUUUGUACAGAUCCGUGUUCCAUGUGUCGGACUGUCUUUUUUCUAUGUCAUCUCUCUUUCUAUUAUGUGUGCUUCACACUUGCUGUCACACUCGCACAAGCUUUGUUUGUUAUUCUCUGGUUGUAUCUAUCUGUACGACGGCGGCGGCGACGACGACGAGGACGACAAAUGCGUUCACCCCCACUCGGUUCAUCAAAAUCACGUCGUGUAA